AUGGGGGAAGAGGUCAAGAAAGUUGGCAAUCAAGUACAAGAAGAAGAAACGAAGAUUGCGGACGACGGCACGCCUUGCCUCGACGCUCACCAACCAGGUCGACCACGACAGCCAGAACGCCCCAGCCGAAUAUCUGCUGCCCCGAAUCCCGCGGUAGUGCUGCUCAUCGGCUUCGUUUGCUGCGGGAGCAGGAUCCUGGUGGACCAACUCGCCCUGCUGGCCUACCCGUGGUGCGAUCACCCGACCAAGUGCUACGACUACGCCGAGGAGCUGGCCGCCAGCGUGGACCCCAGCGUGGACCCGUGCGACAACCUGUACGAGCACGUGUGCGCGCACUGGUCUCGGCGGUACCCCGCGUUUCCAGGUCAGUUCCACCUCCUGCAGACCAGGGCGGCGGUCUUCGUGCUGCGGCAACUCGAGCGCGCCGCCCCUCAGCACCCGUCGCUGGCCGUCAGGAGGACCGUGUCCGGGUACCAGGCCUGCCGCGGGGCCUUCGACGAUCAGCGAGAAGACGCCCAGGUCCUCUUCGACGUGUUCGAUCAGUUCAACGUCACGUGGCCGGCCUGGACGCUUCCGGAGAACUUCGACGUGAUGGAGUACCUGCUGGGCCUGUCGCUGGACUACGGCCUGGAGACGCCGCUUCUGCUCAGCUUGAGGCCGUACUUGCCGACGGACAGGCGCUACGGCUUUUCUCUGGACUUCGUCUUGGGCCGAGACGGGACCGCGUACGAACCGGCGCAGGUAGCCGCCUGCAUGCCGUCGGUGGCGCCGUCCGUUGGGCGCGAUUCUGCGUUGCAGUUCGGCGACGAUCAUUCACGCCGUGCACGCGGACCUGGUGGUCCUCCUGGAUGCCGUCUCCCGGGAUCGGAGCCACGUCCUCGCCACCAUCGAAAACCUGGCCAACGACAUCGCACAGCAAGUGGCGCCCGACGCCCUGCUGAACGCCAUCAACAAGCACCUGCCGAAGAACACGACGGUUCGAAAGGACGAGAGAGUGCUUGUCUACAACAAAACGGGCUUCGCGCUGAGCGAGAUGCUGAGAACCGCCAAGCGAUCGCGCUACGCGCAUCUCGUGCUGUUCAGCGGCUGGAACAUCGUCGCGAGAAACAAUGCCGGGAUGUCGUCGUCGCUGUUGACCUGCAUGUCCGGGAAGGCGCCUGAGGACGCUCGUGUCUUGGCUGCGGGGACGUGCCUCCGUUUCGUGAACGAGCUGCGAUGAUGCGAUUGAUUUCUAUUGCACGUGCGAAAGCCACGCUCGUCAAUAGAGACAUAUUUAUUUUAAGUCAUGCCUGGCCUUGGAAAGCGUUCGUAAAGCAUCUUCCCUGAAGUCUA